AUGAUUUUCCCCUCUGCCAUUGCUGUUGCCUUUCUACCUAUCCUAGCCAGUGCCUCUCUCAUUGCAUCGAAUUCCACGAACACGACCUAUGCCAACCCUGUGCUCAACCUUACGACGAUAGAGAUCCAACUAUCGCCAGGUACCUUAUAUCUCAACGAGUCUAGUAGCAAUAACUUUACAAUUGCCCCUGUAACGCAACGCGUAUCAUACUACGUCGAGAAUGGAAUAGCCAUCAUCGAUGGUGACGUAAUGCUCGCCACCGAAGCUGAACUCCUAUCCCUCGCGGCAGGAAACCCCCAACGUCGAGACGACUCCCGCGAGCACAACAAGCGCUCCCUCUCCAUCUUCCCCUACGCCGGCAACAGGUGGCCCGGCGGUGUAGUGACCUACAAGUGGGACUCGCAGGCUUCCAAGAAUGCCCGACUCGUGGACUGGACUGAGGGUAUGAAGCGAUGGACUGACAGACUGCCAUUCUUGAAGUUCGUCGAGGUCGGCAUUAGUCCGACGCUGGUAGCUAAUGUUAUCACAUUAAGAAGCGUGACGAAUACGGGGAGCUGUACUAGUCCGGUUGGGAUGUCGGGUAGUGUGGCGUUUAAUUACAUUAAGUUGGAUGAUUGUGGACCCGGGGGUUAUGCUCACGAAAUUGGUCACACUCUAGGCCUCAUCCAUGAACAGCAACGCCCUGACCGCGACGCCUACAUGACACUCCACUGCGAAAACGUUCGAACCGAUACCAACGGUGUGGCCCCCGUCUGUGGAUCAGCCUGCCAAGGCCUUGGCUGCAACUUCCGUAUGAAUUCUAUCACUGAGUCUGACUGGGCUGGAGCCUACGACGUGCUCUCCAUCAUGCAUUACUCCAUGUAUGAGUUCUCUAAAAACGGGCUACCAACCCUACAACCCCUUCCCGGAAUCCCAUCACCCCUCCCGCACUCCUUCCCCACUCUGACGGAUGCGAGGAGAGUGUGUGAUAUCUACUGGGAGUCCUGCAGGGGUGUCUGUGGUGACGGCAUCCUAUCCCCCAACAACGGCGAAGAAUGUGACGACGGCAACAACAUCUCAGGGGACGGCUGCAGCGCCAACUGCAAAAAAGAAGUCCCGCAAUGCGGCGUGCAGACCUGUGAUCCACGACCCGGGUUCAAUGGCUGCGAUAUCACAACGUCUUGUAUCACGCUGGAUGGAGCAUCGAAAGCGGGUAUCGGUCAGCAUAUGUGUGCCUGUAGACAUGGGUUCAGGGCGAGCGGGUAUGCGGGGAAUGAUAAGAGUGUGCAGGUGAGGUUGCCAUGGGCAAGUCAGCAGGGUAGGGUUUUUGUAAAGCCUGGAGUUGCAUGUAAUCAGCUGUGUGAUAGUUGGCAGUUAGGGAAGGAUGGGUGUACAGAGGUAACAGAGGUGGAUGUUUGUUAUUGA